CCUCCGCCCCCACCUCUUAAAAUCCAAAACCAAACCCCGAAAGCACCACGAAACACGGCAGCAGCAGCGGCCUGCGUGCCUGCCUGCCUAUCCACCCUUCCUCCUCCGGCCUCUGGCUCGGACACCUGCGCUCGCCCUCGUGCGGACAGAGCCGAGAGCGGCAGCGACGGAGGCGGGGCUGCGCCGGCCUCUCAAUGCAGCAGCAGCCGGAGCCUGCCGAUCCGCCGGGCCGGGCCUUACCGCCACCGGCGGUGCCGGCGCCGGCGCCGGCGCCUGUCGCCGCGCGCGCGGCGCACCACCGCCGGGCUAGAUCUGAGGUGGCCUUCCGCCUCCCGGACGACCUCGGCCUCGGCGGCGGCGGUGGCCCUGACGGCGACACCUUCGAUGAUAUCGGCUCGGAGGACGACCUCUUCUCCACCUUCAUGGACAUCGAGAAGAUCUCAUCCUCCGGGCCCUCCGACCGCGACCGCGCCGCCGAGACGUCGUCUCCCCCGCGCCCCAAGCACCGCCACAGCAGCUCCGUCGACGGCUCGGGUCUCUUCUUCUCGCCCGGCAUUGGCGGCGGCGCGGGCAAGGAUGCUGCGGCGUCGCUGGCCGAGGUCAUGGAGGCCAAGAAGGCCAUGACUCCCGAGCAGCUGGCCGAGCUCGCCGCCAUCGACCCCAAGCGCGCCAAGAGAAUUCUAGCUAACAGGCAAUCAGCUGCUAGAUCGAAAGAAAGAAAGGCUCGUUAUAUAACAGAACUUGAGCGUAAGGUCCAAACUCUUCAGACUGAAGCCACCACCCUUUCAGCUCAACUCACACUAUUUCAGAGGGACACGACUGGACUUUCUGCAGAAAAUGCAGAGCUUAAGAUAAGGUUGCAUGCCAUGGAGCAACAGGCUCAACUCCGCGAUGCUCUGAAUGAUGCACUAAAGCAGGAGCUGGAGAGGCUUAAGCUUGUUACUGGUGAGAUGACCAAUUCCAGUGAGACAUAUAACAUGAGAUUUCAGCAUAUUCCAUACAACUCUUCCUUCUUUCCGCUUUCCCAGCAAAAUGCAUCUCCACACCCUGGUACCACCCAGUUGCCACCACCGUUCCACCCACCCCAUCCCAAUGUGCCAAACCACCAGAUGCUGUCCCACCCAAACACUCUCCCAGACAUAAUGCAGCAAGAGUCUCUUGGACGGCUGCAGGGUUUGGACAUUGGAAAGGGGCCACUGGUUGUCAAGUCAGAGAGCAGCUCGAUCUCUGCUAGUGAAAGCAGCAGCACCUUCUAACGAGGCCUACCAAUGAGAAUCUGCCGUUUCAAUACGUCCCAUUGUUCAUAAUAGCCUGACAUCCUUGUGCUGCUUCCUGCUCUGUAAGCUUAUUUGUUAUUUAAUUCAUUCAAUUAGUUGAAAUUGUUCCUUGUCGCACUGGCAGAUCGAUCCAUGUUGUAGAAUGAUCCAGGAACCCUUCUAGUCUGUUUAUGUUUUGGGACCAUUUCAUGUUUAUGUGUUCGGUAUUAGGGCAUUUGGAUUUUGGAGUGAAAUUCUCUGAUGAUACUUUUGUUGUGUUCAGCCAUGUUGACUGCAUGAAUCCUCUUUUGAACAUACUCACUCUGUACCAAAUUCGUUUUAGGCCAAUGGUGGAUUCAUGAAAGACUUGUUGAAUGU